AUGUCCAACACCAGCUUCAUCACGCAGUUCCUCCUCCUGGCAUUUGCAGACAAGCGGGAGCUGCAGCUCUUGCACUUCUGGCUCUUCCUGGGCAUCUACCUGGCUGCCCUCCUGGGAAACAGCCUUGUCACCAGUGCUAUAGCCUGCGACCACUGCCUUCACACCCCCAUGUACUUCUUCCUCCUCAACCUCUCCCUCCUUGACCUGGGAUCCAUCUCCACCAUUGUCCCCAAAGCUAUGGCCAGUUCCCUGUGGGAUACCAGGGCCCUCUCUUUCUUGGGAUGUGCUGUUCAGGUCUUUCUGUUUCUCUUCCUCAUUUCAGCAGAGUUUUCUCUUCUCACCAUCAUGGCCUAUGACCGCUAUGUUGCCAUCUGCAAACCCCUGCACUACGGGACCCUCCUGGGCAGCAGAGCUUGUGUCCACAUGGCCGCAGCUGCCUGGGCCUGUGGGUUCCUCAAUUCUCUUGUGCACACGGCCAAUACAUUUUCACUACCACUCUGCCAUGACAACGCUCUGGACCAGUUCUUCUGUGAAAUCCCCCAGAUCCUCAAGCUCUCCUGCUCAGAUGCCUACCUUAGGGAGUUUGGGCUUAUUGUGGUCAGUGCCUGUUUAGGCGUCGGGUGUUUUAUUUUCAUUGUGCUGUCCUAUGUGCAGAUAUUCACAUCCGUGUUUAUGGUCCCCUCUCAGCAGAGACGGCACAAAGCCUUUUCCACGUGCCUCCCUCACCUGGCUGUGGUCUCUCUGUUCAUCAGCACUACCAUAUUUACCUAUCUGAAGCCCCCCUCCAUCUCCUCCGCAGUUCUCGAUCUGGUUAUGGCAGUGCUGUACUCAGUUGUGCCUCCAGCAGUGAACCCCCUCAUCUACAGCAUGAGGAACAGGGAGCUCAAGGAUGCAGUGUGGAAGCAGAUGAUGGGAUGUUUUUAA